CUUGCUGUCGGUCUUUUAUUGAAGACGACGAAGAAGAGAGGCGUCUUCCGUUUGCUUCCGGCGACGUAACUUCCUUUCUGUCCGUGCUAACCUCGAAGUGAACACGCGUUCGCCUGUCUAGCAAGAUGCGUUACGUUGCUGCUUACCUGCUCGCUGCCCUUGCUGGCAAUGCCAACCCAGAGGCCAAGGACAUCAAGAAGAUCCUGGAGAGUGUUGGCAUUGAAGCCGACGACACACGUUUGGACAAGGUCAUCACUGAGCUCAAUGGCAAGAAUGUGGAUGAGGUCAUCGCUACAGGUUACGGUAAGCUGGCCAGCGUGCCAGCAGGCGGCGCUGUAGCCGUUGCCAGCUCUGCAGCUGCUGGCUCAGGCGGAGCCGCAGCCCCUGCUGCAGCUGCUGAGGAGAAGAAGGAAGAAAAGAAAGAGGAGUCUGAGGAGUCCGAUGACGACAUGGGAUUCGGCCUGUUCGACUAAAUCUUUUCAAAGGAUGAAUAAAGUUUAUAAAAAAAUCUGAA